AUGGCUUUUCACAGAAAUAGUUACUUCACAAUGUUACUCAUUUUGAUUCUGAUUUGGGAUUUGGGUUUUCGAGAGAGCCUGGCAAUGAGGCCACUGGAUGGAGAGGAAUGGCUGCAGAAAAAUAUUAUGAUUCAGUCCCUUCCAAGGGGUUCCGUCCCGUCCUCCGGUAGCAACCCAUGCACCUACAUUCCCGGAAAAAGCCGGGGCCGCUGCACGUUAGCUGAAAAUGAAAUGAACUUUGCCGGCCAUAGCGGUCAUGCACUGCCCACUUUUCCUGAAGUCAUGGUUCAUUUUGCUGCCGCAGCCGAUGAACUCAAAGGCAAGGUAAAAAUUGUUGAUCAUCUGGGGACUUACAAAGGAUUAAGUUCAGCAGCAUAA